AGCAUUUACCAGUCCUUCGACGUGAAAUUGCCCACCACGCCAGAUAGCAAAUUAUGCUUCAAUGGUCAAUACCGUGAAUUCAAGUCCAACGUGGACUCUACCGUUGAUGCAGCCGCAGUGCCUGUAUAUAUCAAGGACGACAAUUCGGUUUUCAGGGGUAUCGCGGACAUAUAUCUUCCAUUAUUGCGGCCGUUUAGUACGCUUUCCGACAAGUUACCUCGACUAAAAGCAUCGCACCGCUUAAAUACAGAAUCUGAUGCUAGCUACUUUACGACUUUGGACCCGAUGGCUCCUGCUGGUCUCGCUGUUGUGUGCUCUUCCGAAAGGCAAGGUGGACCGAGAAGCCGCUUUGACGUACAAUGGGCGUUGUACUCGGAAGUUCAACAAUUACUAACCACUCUGGCAAUAUUGGAGGUCAAAAAUACCCAUAUCGUGCACAAGAAGGACUUCCUGCUUGCCGAGGUCACUCCAGCCCAGUAUGAAGAGCGCAUGGAGGCAACCAUGGGACUGGCUCCCCUUUUCACAUAUAAUGCUACCUGGCUGUCCAAACAAGCCAGAAAGUACUCAGACGAUUGUGCUGAUGUAGCCGUCUUUGAUUGGAACGCUAUGUUCGUGUGCAAUUAUGCUUUGUUAAGCCUACCUGGGAAGCAUGGGAUAGUGAGAGGGACCUAUUUUGAUGUUCCCUCUUUGGUGUAG